UUGAAAGACUCAAUUUACAAUGACCACUGUACCGUCCUGACUCCAUGCUCUCGCCACAAAGUCGAACAAUCGCAACCCGCUGAUCUGUUGACUGCAUUCCAUGCUGGUAUUGUACCUCGGAGUGCCUGCGAUCUCCGGCAGCCAGUGGAAAUCCAGUUAUGGCGCGAGCGAAUUCCGGGCGGGGCAUCGGCAUUCGCCAGCCUCGAGGAUGGAUCCAUGGAUCCGAUGCAAGUUCAACAACCGUCAUCAAGAACUCGUCGUGCGAAAACGAGGUUCACAUUUUCGCAUUCCUGUGGGGUCGGCGUUCGAGUGGUCAAGAAGGGUCAUGACGUGCCCCACGGUCCGCAAGGCGAAUCGCGACCAUGCUCAUGUGGGGUUGGGUUGGAAGGCAGAUUCCGCAGACCAGACUUGUCUGGUAACGUCGCUGCACUGCACAUGUAUCACCAACUUUAAGAUCGCAGCUCGGAUGUUCAGUGUGGUGAAUUACGGGGCCGUAGUUAUCGAUUUAAAUUUGUCGAAGGCGACCUGGAAAGCUGUUCCUGAUUGUUGCUGUUGGGCGGAUUCUUCUUCAGUGGCCGUGAGUGACCCGAAACACAGGGUGGAACCCAGGGGCCAGCGACGUCAGGUCAUCUAGGGUACCUUAUGAUCCCGAAAGAAUAGGGUAGCUCUGUGGGUAUCAUGAUACUUAGGGGGUAUGGAGCACAGAGCUGUAUAGAAGCCAGAGCACAGGAGGAUGGAAGGGGACCUGAUAUGGCGUCAGUCAGGCAAGGCCAGAACGCACCAAGGCUGACACACAGAGAUCUGGGGACAGCACAGCCUCAGACCAGGGCUGGCAUGAGGCUGAUCCAAUGUGGAGCUAACGUUAACCCCUUUUUGGUGCUUGCAAGAGUCCUGUAGUGGGUUCUCGCCUUGGCAAGCCUCAGUCCUGCCCCGUAUCAAUGGAUCCCACCUCGAGACCCUGCUCAGGGCUCCCUCUUUUUCAUCUUGUGAUCUCUUUAAGUUACCACCUAGAA